CUUAUUUUUUAUCUACCAAGCUGUAAAAAUCAUGGAUUUCAUGGUUAUUUCAUCUUGUCUCACGUAUUUCUUACUGAUUUCGAAUUUCGUCGGGAGCAGCACUAUUACGACGUGUUGUAAAUAUCAAUCAGUCUUAAAUCUUGGCACUGGUCAGUGUGAGGCACACCCAUCGUACGAGUUUGAAUACGACAUUUUUCUACCCGAGUGGAAAAUUCCUACUGCUUUUUCGGAGAAUGGAGAGGAACUGGAAACCUUGCGGCUCGUGGAAAGAGCACCUUGGUGUAAAUGUACAGCUGCGAAAGAAAUUUCGCUCCAGUUUGGAAAGGAAUUAGGAAAUAAAAAUGAUACGAGAACAUGGAUUCUGGAAACGGAUCAAAACACUUAUCUGACUGCGGAUGGUCGUCUUUUUAUGAAUGAUAACUACAUAAGUUCGGAAGAAUUUUGCUUAAACAAAUUUCACGAGAUUCAAAAUGUUGACCCUGACCGAUCGCAAGACAAGCUGUCACUGGAAUUCAUCCAGUGUCACGAAACCUGUAUGAAAGCAGUACUUGCUCCAACCGAAUUGAUAUCGAAGGAAAGCCUUCUCACCAAGAUGGAUUGGAUGCGUACCGCAUUUUGCGAAGAUUUAGAGGAGGCAUUUACACAAUUGGAGAAAGUUAAGGGACCCGAGUCCUACGAGGCGGACGAUAUUACGCCUUUGUGCAAAAAGUGGACACCGUUUUAUUACCAGGAUGACAACUUCUACUUGAUUACUUCCGUCCUCAAUAAGACACGAGCCAUUCAGGACAGCACCUACCCGUGGGGGUCACUUCCGUCCAAUACAUUUUGUAAAGUACGGAAUUCAGAGAGCAGUUCGGAGGCGGACGAUGACGACAACGAGACCGGAAAACUGCUCAAAUUUUGCUUACCCGAAAUUAAAAAGUUGUUCUACACCUACCAAGAAAUCUACGCCAUCCUGGCCGGCAUUUCUGCAGCCUUUCUUCUCUUCAAUUUGGCCAUCUAUUUCUCACUACGGAACAAUUUGAGCAUUUCCGGUUGGACGGAAUUCUUCUAUUCUCUCUCACUCUUUGCCUACUUUGGCUUUUCGAUUGUGGGCGUACUCUUUGUGCCGGAGGGGGAAGAUGUUGGCUUAUCGUGUUACAUAAUUGGAUUGCUUAUCCAAUAUUUUGAGCUGGCAAAUGGUACAACUUUGGUAGCGCUCAGUUUAGAUCUUUUCUGGACAUUUUGUAAAUUUGAUUCUGAUGGUUACACCGAUGAUCCAAAAGUGUCCAAGAUGCGAUUAUUUUUCUACGUCAUUUUCUCGCUUUUCUUCCCAAUGGGUAUUGUUACUUAUGGAACGAUUAAAAAUAAGAGACUACUCGCGGACCAAUAUUUGGGAGGAACGCCACACUACGGUUUACUCCACUGUACUUCGCCCAGUUGGCAGUUGGCAUCAGUGACGCAGUUCGCCAUGCAGGGGGCAAAUCUAUUCCUCGCACUGAUAAGCGCUUACAUUAUUCUGAACAAGAAAAAUAGGUCGCGACGAGUGUUCAAGUUUGAUGAAGAUAACGACCACAUUUUAGAUCCGGACAGAUUGGAUAUUUUUUCGAAACUGCUCCUUUUCGUGUUUGCAUUUUGGUUGAUAAAUUUUAUGGAAUUUUUCUAUCAAGGAGAAAUCUUUACCAAAUCGUGGCAUUUGGUUGCAUUCCAUAUAGCAAAUUAUUCUCAGGGGAUCUUCGCAUUCGUGAUUCUGAUCUGUAAUAGGAGGACUUUGAGAGGAUUGGUGAACCGAGACUGGAAUUUGAAAAGUCUAUUUAGACAUGCGUGUUGCACAUGUGGCAGUGGCGAUGGUGUCAGUAAUAGUGACCGUGAAAUAAUCGAGGAAGAAGCUAUGCCUCUGUCUCCACUGAUGAAAAAAAUGAAGACGGGAAGCAUUCGGAGAUCUACUGUUCGUGGAAAUGCAUUUUAUUAAAUAUUUCGUAGAAAGCUAUUAAGCUAAUUGCAUAACAGAACAAAUUGGUUCUUGUGUGUGAAAUACAUAGUAGAGAAUGAUAACAAUGGUUUAGAAUAAUAAAAAAUAUAGAAACCAAACUGAA